GGGGCGCUGACCAGGCCCUAGCAGGACAACCCGGGGAUGCGGGCCAGCGAAGAAAGAGGACCUUUCUGCCUGUUUGAGGGAAGCACAUUCCGCAGAGCUGUGGAAACAGAGAGGAACUGUGUGUAGCCCUAGGCCAGCCGUCCCAAACAAACAACUCUCUGCGACUCAUUAAAGGAUGGCCCGAUGACCUUCACGAUGACCUUCACACUCCACCCGAAGUCCUGCCCUCUUGCUGCCAUAAGGAGAUUGAUUCUACAAAAGAAACCAAACAUCAGAAACAUGUCCAGCACGAUUGGGGGGCCCCGACCCGCCAGCGUGGUGGUCCUGCACAGGGCCCUCGCCCCGGCCUUUGAGACGUUCUGCCGGGCCAACCGUGGCCCUCUGCCCCUGCUGGGCCGCAGCGAGCCGGGCACGUGGGCGUCGCUUGCCCUGGGCGCCGUCUCAGGCACCAGGACGGACCGCCCCCAGUUCCGCAGGUACGAGUUCGGUGCCUGCACGGGCAGCCUGGCCUCGCUGGAGGAGUACUCGGAGCCGCUGAAGGACAUGGUGACCUUCUUCCUGGACUGCAGCUCCCCCCUGGAAGGGGCCUGGGAGAAAGCGGGGCUCCCCAGAAGAGACCCCCCGGGCCACGGCCACGCGGGUGCAUACAAGACAACAGUGCCUUGCGCCACCAUUGCUGGCUUUUGCUGCCCUCUGGUGGUCACCAUGAGGCCCGUCCCCAAGGACACGCUGGAGAGGCUGGUGCAGGCCAGUUGCUCCCUGAUGGGUGAGCAAGGACAGCCCGUGCACAUCGGCGACCCAGAGCUGCUGGGAAUCCGAGAUCUUUCCAGACCUGACUACGGGGAUCCGGUGCCGUGUCAGCCGGGGGAGGUCCCGGUGUUCUGGCCUUCCCAGCUGACCAGUCUCGAAGCUGUCAGCGGCUACCAGACCCCGCUGGCUUUCACCAGCGCACCGGGCUCCACGGUUAUGACUGACCUGAAGGAUGUGGAGGCUCCAGCCGGUUGUCUCACCCCAGAGGGAAUUCCAGAGGUGCAUCUCAUUUCCCAAGAUCCUUUGCACUACAGCAUCACAUCCGCUUCGGCCGUGCAGAAGAUCAGAGAACUAGAGACUGUCAUUGCCGUAGACCCAGGCAACAGGGGCAUCGGGCACCUGCUCCGCAAAGAUGAGCUGCUGAGGGCCUCUCUGUCGCUGUCCCACGCCCACUCGGUGCUCCUCACCACCGGGUUCCCCACGCAUUUCAACCACGAGCCUCCGGAAGAGACGGACGGGCCACCGGGCGCCAUUGCUCUGGCCGCCUUCCUGCAGGCCUUGGAGAAGGGCGUCUCCAUGGUCGUGGACCACAGAGCCUUGAACUUGUUCGAGAAGCUUGUUGAAGAGGCUGUUGAGCAAGGUGUUCUGAAGACCCCGCUCCCGAUCCUAACUUACCAGGGCGGAUCCGCAGGAGCUGCUCAGGCGUUUCUCUGCGACGACGAGAGGGACCCCAAGUCUCCCAGAUUCGACCACCUGGUGGCGAUCGAGCGCGCGGGCAGGGCUGCCGACGGCAAUUACUACAACGCGAGGAAAAUGAACAUCAAGCAUUUAGUGGACCCCAUUGACGACCUCUUCCUUGUAGCACAGAAAAUUCCUGGAAUCGCAUCAACUGGAGUUGGUGACGGAGGCAAUGAACUUGGGAUGGGCAAGGUGAAGGAGGCCGUGAAGAGCCACAUACGAAAUGGGGAUGUCAUUGCCUGUGACGUGGAGGCUGACUUCGCUGUCAUCGCUGGCGUUUCUAACUGGGGAGGCUAUGCCUUGGCCUGCGCUCUGUACAUCCUCAACUCCUGCGAGGUCCACGGACGCUACCUGAGGAAGGCCACCGGGCCCCCCCACACACCUGGGGAGCAGCACUGGACCGAGGCGCUCCCAUCCGUCGCUAAGGAGGAAAGCAUGCUGAGCAUCCUGGUGCAGCACCGAGUCCGGAGUGGCGUCUCGGGCCGCGUGGGCAUGGAGGUGGACGGGCUGCCCUUCCACGGCACCCACGCCCAGAUGAUCCAGAAGCUGCUGGGCGUCGCCACGGGGCGCAAGUGACCCACACACACCGCACCGGUGGCCCCGCCUGGACCUGGGGAGGAGUCCCUGAGGGCCCUCUGGACCAGCCUUGCCAGCGAGCACCAGCCCGGGGAGCUGGCCUGGGGCGCUGCAUGCCCCCCUCCUGGCGGGCAGAGGGCAGGUGGGCCACGGGACCCUUGCUCCGGGCCUCCCGUGUUUGUUUCUAUUGGUAAGGCGCCAGAGGCAUUGCUUUCCAUCCUCCUUCCCCUUAGCCCCUCAGGCCGCCCGCGGGGUAUGCCCUGAAGGCCACACGGUGAGCCAUCAAGUACCAGGCGGACCAAGAGCCGUGAGCAAGCCGCCACGCUAACUGUGAAAUAGUGAAAUGCACAGAUGUGACGUGCGUAUCUAUGAAACUCUGGGACUUCACUCAAGGUGUACUCACUACCACAACCAACAAGAUAUUUAUACCUUUGAAAUGCUCUCUUUUCAAACAGCAUUUUGUUUACUUAGGCCAGUGGUCGGCCAACUGCGGCUCGUGAGCCACACGCGGCUCUUGGGCCCCUUGAGUGUGGCUCUUCCACAA